CUGAAUCGCUUCCGAACUUCAUUGACCGUCGAACCGGCUUUACCGCGUGAGAAUCCGCAGACCGGUGCGAUCUGUAUGUAUAUGAGUGAACGUAAUGUGAGAAAUUCUACGGGACCGUUCGGUGGCAUAGAUGUGCCUUUUUCAUGUAAUGAGUAUUAGUGAAUGAACGAUUAGUUUGAAAUCGAAUUUUCGAAAUACAGAUAUUUACCUGUAAGCUGGUAAUUAUGGCUGUGAUCUUCAAAACAAAAUCGGUUAUACGUCAAAUGCAGGGUAUUAUUUUGUUAUGGGUGCUGUUUGAAGUUGAGUUUGCCAAUUCUAAUCCAACGGGGUGCGAUAAGGUGGGCAAGGAAUUAGAAGACAGAGGAUUAAAUAUUGGAUCCGCACUACGGCCAGAAACAGGUCCGAUUUGUGGCGCAAACUCGUGUUGCGGAGAAGCUGUGGAGAAUAAUUUGAAGCAGUACAAUCGGUUGUACCUGGAUAAAUAUUUGAGGGGAUCGAUUAACAAGGUGUCAUCUCUGAUAGAGACGAGAGCUAAGAAGUUUGAUGAAUUUUUCAAGGACAUGAUGAGCAACUCCAAGAGGGAAUUCCACGACAUGUUCGAACGCACUUACGGCAAGAUCUACCUCCAGAACUCGGACGUUUUCAGCGACUUCUUCAGCGAGCUGGAGACCUAUUACAAGAAGGGCUCGGUGAGACUUUCAGAAACGAUGGACAACUUCUUCGGAAUCCUGUACCAGCGCAUGUUCACGGUCAUAAACAGCCAGUACGAUUUGGACGACAAGUACCUGGAGUGCGUCUCUGAGCAUAUGACGGAGAUGAAACCCUUCGGAGACAUACCGCAUAAGCUGGGAGUCCAGUUAAGGAGGUCCUUCGUGGCCACCAGGACCUUUUACAAGUCGCUGGUGCAGGGCGCGCUCAUAGCUGACAACCUGAGGGAGAUAGUGUUGGACGAGGAAUGCGCCACGGAGCUGACCAAGAUGCAGCACUGCGGAAUUUGCACCUCGAUGAGCCUGAACCCUUGCGCUGACUAUUGCACCAGCACAUUGGAGAACUGCCUGAGGUACCAUACCAGCUUCAGCAAGGAUUGGGAUAAAUAUAUUGAUGGCCUCGAUAAGGUGGCCGACCGAUUGCUAGGCCCUUUCAACAUCGAAGGGGUCGUAGAACCCCUGAACAUCAAGAUCUCAGAGGCAGUCAUGAACUUCCAAGAGAGCGGAGCCGAGGUAUCCAAGAAAAUCCACGCUCUUUGCGGGACGCCCACGUUGAGCAGGAGGAAGAGAAAAACAGACGCCGAGGCGCCUCUGGUGGAAAACCCGAACUUCGAGUUGAACUACGGACCCAUGAAGAUCGCAGGAGGCGGAAAGAAAAAGCACAAGAAGACGGAGAAGAUGGAUAACACGCCGUCUCUGAAAAAACUAAUAAUGGAUAUAAAGACGAAAAUAAGAGAAACUAGGCAGUUCUGGAUGCACCUACCUUACCAGUACUGCAAUAACGAGACCAUAGCUUCCCCGCCUAGCGCCAACGGUCAAUGUUGGAAUGGCACAGCGAUUGGAAGCUACGAAAAGUCGCCACCUAAAGCGACGCAGUUCCAAUCGCCGAUAAUAAGCGAGCAGAACUUCACCCUUCAAGUCUACUUCGACAAGCUUAGGAAGGCGCAUCAAGGCGAAGAAGUCGAAUUGAUAGACGAUUCCGAGGAGCCCUUGGCCGGCAGCGGCUCUGGAUCGGGCGACCACAUCGACGAGGAGGAAGAAGAGGAUAUAACGCCAAAGGUGAAGGUCAACGAUAACAAUGCCGACGUGGUACCACAUGAGGGCGGUUCCUCAGCGGCGGUACCGCCAACGACGACUUCCAAAAAGCCUGAGGUGGUUCGACCCAAGGGUGGCUCGUCGGACGCAACUUCCAACACGAUGUCUCUUACGAGAGCUCUAAUUCAGUACUUUGUACCAAUUAUUCUUGUUUGGUUCGGUGGUACCCUUACAGAAUUUCUGUGAUAAUCUUCUUCAGUGCUUCUUGUGCUAUGGACCUCAUUUGAUAAAAUGACUUACUUCUACACAAGUUGAAGAACAAACCAAAAAUAGACUGAAUUAAAGUAACUUGGGACAUUUGGAACGUUAGAUUAUUCCAAGGUAUUUUGUACCGAAUUUGUCUAGAAACUGGCUAUGUUGGAUACGAAAGGUUGAAUGGUUUCAACAAACAAGUUUUACUUCUGUGAACUUUAAAAAUAACCUUCUUGGCUCUGAGGUCCCUAUAGGAUCAACACAAAUCGUUACUGUCUCAAUAGUAUAAUUAUUUCUUUGAAAAAUAAUGUACUUUUACGUAAUAUUCAUUUCAAUCCUAUAAUAUAGAAAUCAGCUGAAUUGAUUUUAUAUUCAUGAGCAUCAUUUCAUAAAUUCACUUUUAUGAACAUAGUUGAUUUCUAGACUCUCAAAAAUUCCUAGUCAUUUCAUACGCAACCUUUUGUUUGGAGCGAUACCUAGAGCAAUGUUCCAAAUUUCCCCUAAAUAUUUUGAUGCAUUUAUUUUUAAUAGCUUAUUACUGAUUGAUGAGUAUUUCUUAAGAUCUGUUUUCAUUGUGGAGCUGCAGAUGAAGUAAGUGCCAUAUAUUUUUGUAGAGAAUUUGAGCUUCUGAAAUUUAUAUUUUAGAGAGAAUGUGAGACAAGAUUAAUGAGUCUCUAGAAAGAGUUGAAAUUUUAAUGUGGGAUUAUGGACUAUUGUGGAAACAGAAGCUUUUUUCAUAUUCUAUUGUGUACAUUCCGCAGCUCAACUUUUGUACCUCAAUAAUUGAUAUUGUCAAAAAAAUGAAGGUCAUUCAUGGUUGUUUGAAUAAAGCUGCACCAAUUGUUGCACAUGGCCUUUAAAUGACUCACUCAAUUGUGUGCCAGUGUAUAGCAAAUUACGUACUUAUUUGCUUAGGAAUAACCAUCCCCAAUCUACAAUGAGAUUCCACUAACUUUAUUGAUUUCAAAUCAUGAAAAAACUGGUUCUAAUCAGCGAGCUAUCAUCAUGAUGAAGAUAUUAGGAAAAUAUGUAGAAAUCUGAAAUACUUAGUUAUUUGAAUUUACUCGAUACCACUUUAUGGAAUCGCUUUAUAAAAUCAGUUAUACGAUAAAUAUAAGAUAUUGAUUAUAUGUUCAUUAGAAUUAACUGAAUAAUUGCUUAUUUUAUAUGGGACAGCAAUGUUAUACGUAUACAGUGUUUAUAUUUAUUUAUGCAUAAAUUUAUUUGUGAUAAAUUUAAAUAUUUUAAUUAUAUGUUCUAAAGGUGCUUAGUAUUAAGAAAUAAUUGCAUUAUUUGUCUUGUGUAUCAUAGUCAUCAAUUUAUGUUAAAAUCACCCUCUUGUUGGCAUCCUCUUUUUGUUCAUAUAAAUUUUAGUAUGGAGCCCUCAAAAAAUUCAAUUGCGAUAAAAUCAUGGCUUAUUUCAAUAUGAGUUCUAAAUAGAUCUAAACUUUGUGUGAUUGUAUAUAUUGUAACAGAGUUUACCUUGCUUCUCAUUUCUUUCAUUGGUAAUUAAUUGAGGGAGGAAAUGUAUCUGAUUUACAUUACUAUGAAUUAUUAUUUUCAUUUCCUUAUAUGAAGUGCUUGAGGAAGUGAGAACUUAUCUAAUUCAUUUAUUUUGAAUUGGAAAAUGUAUAUUUUGUAAAUAUUGUACUGACCUGCAACCAUUUAAUGUCAAAUAAAACAUGAGAAAUCAAAUCUUA